UCUAAUUAAUUUGCCUCCUGUCACUGUGCUGUCAGGGAAUGAAUGUGAAUGGCUAGCCGACUGGUAGCUUUGGCAAUGUUGUCACUAUCAGAAUGAUCUCGCAGCGGGACAGAGGAGAACUGGCUCGGUUUUAUACUGUCACAGAUCCCAAAAAGCAUCUGAAAGGCUAUACUGUGUACAAAGUCACCGCAAGGAUAAUCUCCAGGAAGAACCCAGAAGAUGUCCAAGAGAUAACAGUAUGGAAGAGAUACAGUGAUUUCCGGAAGCUUCAUCAGAACCUCUGGCAGCUGCACAAGAAUGUAUGUAGACAGUCGGAGCUGUUUCCUCCAUUUGCCAAGGCUAAAGUCUUUGGUCGUUUUGAUGACUCAGUAGUUGAGGAAAGAAGACAGUGCUCCGAGGAUCUGCUGCAGUUCUCUGCUAAUAUCCCUGCUCUUUAUAGCAGUCAGCAUAUCCAAGAUUUUUUCAAGGGAGGGGAGGUCCACGACGGCUCGGAGCUCAUUGGACCAGCUGAGCCUUUUUCUGACUUCCUGGCAGACAGUUUAUCAGACUGCAGCUCUGACGUUCAAAGAGACAUCAGUGGUGCAGAUGAUUUGACUAUCACAUCUGAGUAUGGAGGCCCGUCCAGUGACAGCGACCUGACCUCCCUGGCUGUGGAUACAGACUCUUUGGCUGGGCUAGAUGAUGGCAUGGCCUCAGGCCGCACCUCCCCAAACCAGCCACAGGGGGGAGCCACCAACAUUGGCAGCAGUUGCAGCCCUCGCUUGCCCUCCCUGCACGGUCGCCGCACUCCAUCGCCUGCUCCAGUCCCUGCCUCCUCAGCCCCGAACCCAGAGGUCAGCUGGUCAGGCCGAACGCCACUCUUUUCCAGCAGUCUGAAGAAAGCCAGUGGUGGCAACCCAAAGGAGGUGAAGUCAGACUACCUAGACAGAGCCAGUGAGCUCAUCUGUUUGGCUGUACAGAAGGAGAAAGAGCAGGACUUCCAGGCAGCUUUCUCCUGCUAUCGUAGCGGAGUGGACCUGCUGCUGCAAGGAGUGCAAGGUGAGCCCAGUCCCACGCGGCGAGAGGCAGUGAAGAAGAAGACUGCAGAGUAUCUAAUGCGUGCAGAACAGAUAUCCAGUCAGCAUCUGAGAAGCAACAUGGGUCAAGGGUCAACACAGACAGUGGCUUUGGGGGCACAGUGCUGCCCAUCCACCAGCAGAGGAGGCCAGCAGAGUCCGUCCGAGGAGCUGAGAGCUUACAGGGUGUUGGGGGUGAUAGAUAAGGUUCUUUUGGUCAUGGACAAGAGAACACAAGAGACGUUCAUCCUGAAAGGUCUGAGAAAGAGCAGUGACUGUGGGCAGACUAAGAGGACAAUUAUGCCUCACUCAGUGCCGCACAUGGUGCAGCUGAGAAAGUUCAUUGUCUCUGAAGACACAGUUUUCCUUUUGCUGCAGUAUGCUGAAGGUGGUAAGCUGUGGUCUCACAUUGGAAAGUACCUGCGUAAUUCCAGCCCAGAAGAGAGCUUUGACAUUCCUUUCAUCCAGAAGAGCCACACAGUGGCUGUACACUCUCCACAACAUGCUGUACCACAGCUGGAUGUAGGUUCAGCCAGUUCUGGUUCUGGGCCGGUUGCUUGUUCUGAUUCUGUCUCAGGGCUUCAGAACAAAGGGGAGAAACUCAUUGUGUCUCCUAAGAAAAGCGUUCUCCCUCCCAGGCUUAUCGAACAAAUUGGUGCCCAGUCAGACUCUGGAGCCACGUCUGAGGAAGAGUGCACCAACAGUUAUUUGACACUUUGCAAUGAGUAUGAACAAGACAAAGUAGAACCAGAUGCACUAGAAGAAGAGAAGGAGGAGGAGGAAAAGAGUGAACAUGAAAUGCUGUCCCUGGAAGUGCCCGUUGCGACGACCACUACUUCCUCGCGUAGCCGCUCCCUGCUUAGCAAUGACAGCCUAUCACCUAUCAGCUCUCAAGAACUUGGCUUUUUUACCGAGUCGUCCGACAAAAGUGGCCACACCCUUGACAAUGACCAAUACCGCGUCGAGGGACAGGACCACAGUGAAGUGUUCAGUCCUUUGCCCUCACCUGCUGUGCCUCUGUCUUUGGAUCAGUCCAAGCACACGCCAAUGGAGUUUUUCCGUAUUGACAGCAAAGACAGUGCAAGUGAGGUGACCUGUCUGGACUCUCAUAAGCCGGUUCCCCUCUUUUCUACAUCAGACCUGGGCUCUGAGGAUCUUCCAGAGCUGGCUCAGGAGGUCAAGUACCACAGCUCGGAGCUUUGGGAAUUGGACUGUAGCGAUAAAGGCUCCAAUGAGUCAGUGCCAGUCAUCUCUUUUAAAGAGGCAGUAGUGGAGGAUGAGGGACACCCACCAGACCUUUUGGUCAACCUGCCUAUAACGGGUGGGACUGUAGACUCUUUACAGGAAGAAUUAGACACUUCGGGGGGGGUUGUGGGACUCGAGGCCACAGCCUCUCCUCAGAAGUUCAUUCAGCCUGAUGUUUUACAGCUUCCCGUUCACCCUGAGGAAGAGGAGGAGCAGCUGCUGGAGCAGGACCUUUCAUCUUUAUGUACAGCCUCUGCAACAUAUGACACCAGUGUUGCAUCUUCCUCUCCCUUCAACUCACUGUGGGAUGACUGCAGCGUGGCGUUUGGGCAAGAAGCCUCUGACAAAAUGGUGGUUCAUUCUCCAUGCCAAAAUAAUGAACUUCCCCUUGACCUUCCAGUUACUGAUCUUCUAAAUGAGAAACCAGAGGCCAGUACAAGAGUAAAUACAGACUUAGUUCCAGACCCCAGUAGCAACAGCACAGGCUCUAUCCCCGCCACAAAUGGGACUAAGGCAUGCACAGUGGUUGAGAGUUUAUUAGGUCUUGAUGGUGAAUCAAGAGUUAUUAGCACUACAGGUGGCAGCGAAUUUGAUAAAGAAGUAUCGCGGCUGUUUGCAGAGCUGGAUGAGCUGUCGUUGGCUGCAUCCCAAGCUCGUAUCCCGGAGGAGUUUGUCCGAUGCUGCGCGGUAGAGAUGGUUAAAGCCCUGGAUUGUCUGCACCAAGAGGGCGUCAUCUGUCGAGACCUUAACCCCAACAACAUCCUGCUCAACCACCAAGGUCAUGUUCAGCUUACCUACUUUUGUAGCUGGAAUGAUGUGGAGGAGUCCUGUGACAAAGAGGCCAUUGCCAAUAUGUACUGUGCACCAGAGGUGGGAGGUAUCAGUGAGGGGACCGCAGCAUGCGAUUGGUGGAGUUUGGGCGCCGUCCUGUUUGAGCUCCUGACAGGCAUGUCUCUGCUGCGGUGCCAUCCAGCGGGAAUUGGUCGCCACACUGCUCUCAACAUCCCAGCUGUCUAUUUAGGGGGGGGGGGGUUGCUCCAGUACAACCCAAUGGAGAGACUGGGGGCAGGUGUGGGAGGCGUGGAUGAUAUCAAAUCCCACCCUUUCUUUGCCAGAGUGGACUGGUCCAAAUAG